GCAUCCUUCUUUGUGCUCGGGUUAGGAGGAGCUAGGCUGCCAUCGGACCGGUGCAGAUACGGGGUUGCUCUUUCGCUUAUAAGAGGGGCUUCGCUGGCAGUCUGAACGGCAAGCUUGAGUCAGGACCCUUAAUUAAGAUCCUCAGUUGGCUGGAGGGCAGAUCUCGCGAGUAGGGUACAAGGCACUAUGAAAUGAUCUAGCAACGCGGUAAAAAGACUGCUUCGGUGGGCGACGCGGUACAGGUGCGGAAGGGCGUUCGUUACGGGAAUGCCGAAGCGUGGGAAAAAGGGAGCGGUGGCAGAAGACGGGGAUGAGCUCAAGACAGAGCCAGAGCCCAAGAAGAGUAAGACGGCCGCAAAGAAAAAUGACAAGGAGGCAGCAGGAGAGGGCCCAGCCCUGUAUGAGGACCCCCCCGAUCAGAAAACCUCACCCAGUGGCAAACCUGCCACACUCAAGAUCUGCUCUUGGAACGUGGAUGGGCUUCGAGCCUGGAUUAAGAAGAAAGGAUUAGAUUGGGUAAAGGAAGAAGCCCCAGAUAUACUAUGCCUUCAAGAGACCAAAUGUUCAGAGAACAAACUACCAGCUGAACUUCAAGAGCUGCCUGGACUCUCUCAUCAAUACUGGUCUGCUCCUUCGGAUAAGGAAGGAUACAGUGGCGUGGGCCUACUUUCCCGCCAUUGCCCACUCAAAGUUUCUUAUGGCAUAGGCGAGGAAGAGCAUGAUCAGGAAGGCCGGGUGAUCGUGGCUGAAUUUGACUCGUUUGUGCUGGUAACAGCGUAUGUACCUAAUGCAGGCCGGGGUCUGGUACGACUGGAGUACAGGCAGCGCUGGGAUGAAGCCUUUCGCAAGUUCCUGAAGGGCUUGGCUUCCCGAAAGCCCCUUGUGCUGUGUGGAGACCUCAAUGUGGCACAUGAAGAAAUUGACCUUCGCAACCCCAAGGGAAACAAAAAGAAUGCUGGCUUCACGCCACAAGAGCGCCAAGGCUUUGGGGAAUUACUGCAGGCUGUGCCACUGGCUGACAGCUUUAGGCACCUCUACCCCAACACACCCUAUGCCUACACCUUUUGGACUUACAUGAUGAAUGCUCGAUCCAAGAAUGUUGGUUGGCGCCUUGAUUACUUUUUGUUGUCCCACUCUCUGUUACCUGCAUUGUGUGAUAGCAAGAUCCGUUCCAAGGCCCUCGGCAGUGAUCACUGUCCUAUCACCCUAUACCUAGCAAUGGGACACCACCCCUAAAUCACUUUGAGCCUGGGAAAUAAGCCCCCUCAACUACUAUUCCUUCUUCAAACGCUCUUCAGAAAAAUCUGCAUUGUAUUUCUCAUCUGUAAAAAUAAGAAUCCUCCAACCAGGCUCCUGUGACAGACUUAGAGUUCUUUUAAGCCCAAGAGUUUUUAUUUGAGUGUUUUUCCUUUUUUAAGAAAAAUUGAACAAAGACUACUAAUGACAUUGUUUGAAUUAUCCACACAAAAAUAAAGAGCCAUAGUUUCAGCCUUGCUGUCUUUGUGUCUUACCCCUUCGUGGGGCUACACAUUCCCUCCCUCAUAUUUUCGUGCAUACAAGUUAACAACUGAAAAAGGGUCGAGUCAUGACCUUAUUUAUUUACAAGCACAGGAUAAGUCCCUAACCUCCCCCAAAGACUGAGCAACUCUACCCAGCCCAGUUAAAUACUGCAACUGGGCGGGGGGGGGGGGGGCGGGUAAAAAAGGUCGGAGGAGGAAUUAAGGGAAAUAUAGGAAUAGGGGAACAUAUCCCACAUUAAAUAGUUAUAUACACAUCAGUUCCUGUGGUUCUGUACAGAGCAGCGGCUGACCCCAUCCCCACAGGAAACAAUGUGGGGAGAGGAGACUGAGGGUACUGAGGCCAGAGCCAACCUCUGGUGAAGUGCAAUAGCAGCAGCAAAGUCCUAAUGGUGCACAAGAGGGAGGGGAACCCCCAGGGCUACCCACCCCCACCCUGCCCUGGAAUGUGUAAGGGACAGGAAUGG